GCGACGGCGUGACUGUUACGACAUAGAGGCGCGUCAGGUGACAGGAAAGAGAUCUGGCACAAUGUCUUACACCAUCUCUCUGAAGUUUUAUGCUGGAUAACAUAUAUACAGGAAAUGGAGACCAUAUACAGCGAAGGCGUUUGGAUGGCGGAGACUCUUCAGCAGAGAACAAGAAGCUAUGAGGAUUUCUGGCUUGUUGCUACUCAUAUGGGAGACCCCAAAGCUGCAGUUCUUCUGGUCUUUCCAGUUGUGUUUUCUGUACAUCGACGAACUGGCAUCGCUGUUAUCUGGGUUGCAGCUCUAUCAGAGUGGAUUAAUUUGGUUCUCAAAUGGAUCCUGUUUGGGGAGAGGCCUUAUUGGUGGAUAGGAGAAUCUAGAUUGUUUUUAGAAAACCCACCAAAAGUUCAACAGUUCCAGUCCACUUGUGAAACUGGCCCAGGCAGUCCCUCAGGUCAUGCCAUGGUCACGGGUGCUGUCUGGUGGGUGAUCGUCUCUUCUCUGGCAUCCUACUUUCAUGCUCUCACAGGCAGUAAGGUCUUAGCUGCAGUGCCGUAUCUGUUCUAUGCGUUUUUUUUGGGAUGUGUUGGUCUUUCUCGGAUCUUCAUCUUGGCUCAUUUCCCUCAUCAAGUCAUUGCAGGACUUCUGACAGGGGUGAUCCUGGGGGUUUAUCUGAACCGAACUGUGCCUGAAUUUCGCCCUCUGUCGUUCUUCCUACGCUACAGCAUGACUCUGCUCUUUGGAGCUCUUCUGGUGCACGCUGCCCUGCAAAACAUUGGGAUUGAUCUAUCUUGGUCCAUCUCACUGGCUAAGAAGUGGUGUUCUCACUCAAGGUGGAUCCGUAUGGACACCGCUCCCUUUUCCUCUCUGAACCGUGAUGCCGGGGCUUUACUGGGCCUUGGACUUGCACAGUAUUGCAAGCCAGGUGGAUGGGCUCUUCACUGGAUCCCCAGGACUCUCUGUCUGGCCCUCUCGUCUUUGGCCCUUUACUACGUCAGCAGUUUUCCUCUGCCCACUGUUCCUCCUCUUCUCUACUAUUCACUGUUCUUUCUUAAAUACACAAUUGUUCCGCUGGUGGUCAUGGUAUUAAUACCAGGAUUUGUGCAUCUUCUAACAGCGAAAACCAAGAGGGAAUAA